AUGUUCCUCUUCUCCCGUAAGACCAAGACCCCCAUCAGCACCUACAGUGACUCCUACAGGGCUCCUACCUCCAUCAAGAAGGUCUAUAAGGACCCUCUGUGGGCCUGGGAGGCCAACAAGUUUGUGACUCCGGGUCUCACUCAAAUUGCACAGCGCCAUGUGGACCCUGAAGCCCUGCAGAAGAUGGUCAAAUGCACCACACAGGACUACAGCUAUAAGGGCUCCAUACCAGGCCACCCCUACUUACCUGAGAAGUACUGGCUCUCUCAAGAGGAAGCAGAUGGAUGCAGCCCAAACUACCUGGGUGACCGAUACAGCACGUGGAGGACAGGACCUUACAACACCUGCUGGAACAAGUAUGCCACCUAUCUUCCCCGGCUGCCUAAGGAGGCCGGGAUGGAGACAGUAGUUCGAGGAAUGCCUUUGGAGUGCCCUCCAAAGCCGGAGCGGCUCAAUGCCUACGAGCGCGAGGUAGUGGUGAACAUGCUGAACUCGCUGUCACGGAACCAGCAGCUGCCGCACAUCACGCACCGAUGUGGAUGCGUAGACCCGCUGCCGGGCCGCCUGCCCUUCCGGGGUUACGAAAGCGCUUGCUCAGGACGCCACUACUGUCUGCGCGGGAUGGACUACCACGCCACCGGGGCGCCCUGCACCGAACGCCGCCUGCGGCCUCUGUGCGCUGAGCAGCCGACUGUAAGGAGUGUAUCGCCCUACGAGCACCGGCCCGGAAUGCAAUGUGCUGUUACGACUCCCCCGCCGUCAUACUACCCGUAUCCGAACCUUAGAUGGGACACAAGUCACUUCAAGAAGUCCGGUGGUCCUCAGAGAAACAACUAUGUCGUCCACCCUGAGUUUGUGUCCGAGACUUAUCCCGAGUACCGUUGCUGGUAG